CCUGUAGUCUCGCCCAUGUUCUGGAUCCUGUAUGAAAUUCGAGAAAGAUAAACACUACUAGAGUGCUGAACCUACAUUUACUCUGGAACUCCGACUGACAAAAUGGCCUUAAGUGACGCUCAACAUCUCUUAAAUCUGAGGAUUGUGUUGAUGGGGUAUAGAGAUGCUGGGAAGAGUUCAACAGGAAACACCAUCCUGGGCAGAGAGGAGUUUGACUUGAAGAGAUCUGCUCAGUGUGUGAGGAGACAUGGAGAAGUAGCAGACAGACACAUCACUGUCAUUGAAGCUCCAGGAUGGUGGAGUAAUCAACCUGUAGAGUUCAGUCCUGAGAUACUGAAACAGGAGAUUUUGCUCAGUGUGUCUCUGUGUCCUCCAGGACCACAUGCUGUACUGCUGAUCAUACGUGUGGACACUAGAUUUAAAGAGACUGAGAGAAAAUCAGUGCAGGGUCAUCUGGAUCUUCUCAGUGAGAGAGUCUGGAGUCACACUAUAGUUCUGUUCACUCAUGGAGACUCUCUGUUAGACACAUCUAUAGAGCAGCACAUUGAGAGUGAAGGACAGGAUCUUCAGCGGCUGCUGGAAAAAUGUGGGAACAGGUAUCAUGUUCUCAACAAUCACAACAGGAGUGACGACACUCAGAUCAAGGAGCUGCUGGAGAAGAUUGAGGAGACAGUGGCACAAAACAACGGCCGCCAUUUUGAAAUAGACAGAAAGAUUAUACAGGAGGUGGAAGAGAGAAGAAGAGCAGAGGAAGAGAGAGCAGAAGAACGAAUGAAGAGGAUGAAGAAACAGAGGGAAAACAUCAGAUCACAGAUGAGUGACGCUCAACAUCUUUCAGGGCUGAGGAUUGUGUUGAUGGGGUAUAAAGGAGCUGGUAAGAGUUCAGCUGGAAACACCAUCCUGGGCAGAGAGCAGUUUGACUUGAAGAGAUCUGCUCAGUGUGUGAGGAGACAUGGAGAAGUAGCAGACAGACACAUCACUGUCAUUGAAACUCCAGGAUGGUGGUGGAGUUACACUGUAGAGUUCAGUCCUGAGAGACUGAAACAGGAGAUUUUGCUCAGUGUGUCUCUGUGUCCUCCAGGACCACACGCUGUACUACUGAUCAUACGUGUGGACUCUAGAUUUAAAGAGACUGAGAUAAAAGCAGUGCAGGAUCAUUUGGAUCUUCUCAGUGAGAGAGUCUGGAGUCACACUAUAGUUCUGUUCACUCAUGGAGACUCUCUGUUAGACACAUCUAUAGAGCAGCACAUUGAGAGUGAAGGACGGGAUCUCCAGCGGCUGCUGGACAAAUGUGGGAACAGGUAUCAUGUUCUCAACAAUCUCAACAGGAGUGACGACACUCAGAUCAAGGAGCUGCUGGAGAAGAUUGAGGAGACAGUGGCACAAAACAACGGCUGCAAUUUUGAAAUUGACAGAAAGAUUUUACAGGAGAUGGAAGAGAGAAAAAGAGCAGAGGAAGAGAGAGCAGAAGAACGAAUGAAGAGGAUGAAGAAACAGAGAGAAAACAUCAGAUCACAGAUGAGUGAUGCUCAACAUCUCUCAGAUCUGAGGAUUGUGUUGAUGGGGUAUAGAGGAGCUGGUAAGAGUUCAUCAGGAAACACCAUCCUGGGCAGAGAGGAGUUUGACUUGAAGACAUCUGCUCAGUGUGUGAGGAGACAUGGAGAAGUAGCAGACAGACACAUCACUGUCAUUGAAGCUCCAGGAUGGUGGAGGAGUUACACUGUAGAGGACAGUCCUGAGAGACUGAAACAGGAGAUUUUGCUCAGUGUGUCUCUGUGUCCUCCAGGACCACAUGCUGUACUACUGAUAAUACAUGUGAACUCUGGAUUGACAGAGACUGAGAUAAAAUCAGUGAAGGAUCAUCUGGAUCUUCUCAGUGAGAGAGUCUGGAGUCACACUAUAGUUCUGUUCACUCAUGGAGACUCUCUGUUAGACACAUCUAUAGAGCAGCACAUUGAGAGUGAAGGACAGGAUCUCCAGCGGCUGCUGGACAAAUGUGGGAACAGGUAUCAUGUUCUCAACAAUCACAACAGGAGUGACGACACUCAGAUCAAGGAGCUGCUGGAGAAGAUUGAGGAGACAGUGGCACAAAACAACAACUGCCAUUUUGAAAUAGACAGAAAGAUUUUACAGGAGGUGAAGGAGAGAAGAAGAGCAGAGGAAGAGAGAGCAGAAGAACGAAUGAAGAGGAUGAAGAAACAGAGAGAAAACAUCAGAUCACAGAUGAGUGACGCUCAACAUCUCUCAGAUCUGAGGAUUGUGUUGAUGGGGUAUAGAUAUGCUGGUAAGAGUUCAUCAGGAAACACCAUCCUGGGCAGAGACAAGUUUGACUUGAAGAGAUCUGCUCAGUGUGUGAGGAGACAUGGAGAAGUAGCAGACAGACACAUCACUGUCAUUGAAGCUCCAGGAUGGUGGAGGAAUCACACUGUAGAGAAGAGUCCUGAGAUACUGAAACAGGAGAUUUUGCUCAGUGUGUCUCUGUGUCCUCCAGGACCACAUGCUGUACUGCUGAUCAUACGUGUGGACACUAGAUUUAAAGAGACUGAGAUAAAAUCAGUGCAGGAUCAUCUGGAUCUUCUCAGUGAGAGAGUCUGGAGUCACACUAUAGUUCUGUUCACUUAUGGAGACUCUCUGUUAGACACAUCUAUAGAGCAGCACAUUGAGAGUGAAGGACAGGAUCUCCAGUGGCUGCUGGACAAAUGUGGGAACAGGUAUCAUGUUCUCAACAAUCACAACAGGAGUGACGACACUCAGAUCAAGGAGCUGCUGGAGAAGAUUGAGGAGACAGUGGCACAAAACAACGGCUGCCAUUUUGAAUUAGACAGAAAGAUUUUACAGGAGGUGAAAGAGAGAAGAAGAGCAGAGGAAGAGAGAGCAGAAGAACGAAUGAAGAGGAUGAAGAAACAGAGAGAAAACAUCAGAUCACAGAUGAGUGAUGCUCAACAUCUCUCAGAUCUGAGGAUUGUGUUGAUGGGGUAUAGAUAUGCUGGUAAGAGUUCAUCAGGAAACACCAUCCUGGGCAGAGACGAGUUUGACUUGAAGAGAUCUGCUCAGUGUGUGAGGAGACAUGGAGAAGUAGCAGACAGACACAUCACUGUCACUGAAGCUCCAGGAUGGUGGAUAAAUCACACUGUAGAGGAGAGUCCUGAGAUACUGAAACAGGAGAUUUUGCUCAGUGUGUCUCUGUGUCCUCCAGGACCACAUGCUGUACUACUGAUCAUACCUGUGGACUACAGAUUUAAAGAGACUGAGAUCAAAUCAGUGCAGGAUCAUCUGGAUCUUCUCAGUGAGAGAGUCUGGAGUCACACUAUAGUUCUGUUCACUCGUGGAGACUCUCUGUUAGACACAUCUAUAGAGCAGCACAUUGAGAGUGAAGGACAGGAUCUCCAGCGGCUGCUGGACAAAUGUGGGAACAGGUAUCAUGUUCUCAACAAUCUCAACAGGAGUGACGACACUCAGAUCAAGGAGCUGCUGGAGAAGAUUGAGGAGACAGUGGCACAAAACAACAGCUGCCAUUUUGAAAUAGACAGAAAGAUUUUACAGGAGAUGAAAGAGAGAAGAAGAGCAGAGAAGAGAGCAGAAGAACGAAUGAAGAGGAUGAAGAAACAGAGAGAAAACAUCAGAUCACAGAUGAGUGACGCUCAACAUCUCUCAGAUCUGAGGAUUGUGUUGAUGGGGUAUAGAUAUGCUGGUAAGAGUUCAUCAGGAAACACCAUCCUGGGCAGAGAGGAGUUUGACUUGAAGAGAUCUGCUCAGUGUGUGAGGAGACAUGGAGAAGUAGCAGACAGACACAUCACUGUCAUUGAAGCUCCAGGAUGGUGGAGGAAUCACACUGUAGAGGACAGUCCUGAGAUACUGAAACAGGAGAUUUUGUUCAGUGUAUCUCUGUGUCCUCCAGGACCACACGCUGUACUACUGAUCAUACGUGUGAACUUUGGAUUUAAAGAGAAUGAGAUAAAAUCAGUGCAGGAUCAUCUGGAUAUUCUCAGUGAGAGAGUCUGGAGUCACACUAUAGUUCUGUUCACUCGUGGAGAUUUUCUGUUAGACACAUCUAUAGAGCAGCACAUUGAGAAUAAAGGGCAGGAUCUCCAGCGGCUGCUGGACAAAUGUGGGAACAGGUAUCAUGUUCUCAACAAUCUCAACAGGAGUGACGACACUCAGAUCAAGGAGCUGCUGGAGAAGAUUGAGGAGACAGUGGCACAAAACAACGGCUGCCAUUUUGAAAUAGACAGAAAGAUUUUACAGGAGGUGGAAGAAAGAAGAAGAGCAGAGGAAGAGAGAGCAGAAGAACGAAUGAAGAGGAUGAAGAAACAGAGAGAAAACAUCAGAUCACAGAUGAGUGAAGCUCAACAUCUCUCAGAUCUGAGGAUUGUGUUGAUGGGGUAUAGAGGAGCUGGUAAGAGUUCAUCAGGAAACACCAUCCUGGGCAGAGAGGAGUUUGACUUGAAGACAUCUGCUCAGUGUGUGAGGAGACAUGGAGAAGUAGCAGACAGACACAUCACUGUCAUUGAAGCUCCAGGAUGGUGGAUAAAUUACACUGUAGAGAAGAGUCCUGAGAUACUGAAACAGGAGAUUUUGCUCAGUGUGUCUCUGUGUCCUCCAGGACCUCAUGCUGUACUACUGAUCAUACGUGUGGACUACAGAUUUAAAGAUAAUGAGAGAAAAGCAGUGCAGGAUCAUCUGGAUCUUCUCAGUGAGAGAGUCUGGAGUCACACUAUAGUUCUGUUCACUCAUGGAGACUCUCUGUUAGACACAUCUAUAGAGCAGCACAUUGAGAGUGAAGGACAGGAUCUCCAGCGGCUGCUGGACAAAUGUGGGAACAGGUAUCAUGUUCUCAACAAUCUCAACAGGAGUGACGACACUCAGAUCAAGGAGCUGCUGGAGAAGAUUGAGGAGACAGUGGCACAAAACAACGGCCGCCAUUUUGAAAUAGACAGAAAGAUUUUACAGGAGAUGAAAGAGAGAAGAGGAGCAGAGGAAGAGAGAGCAGAAAAACAAAUGAAGAGGAUGAAGAAACAGAGAGAAAACAUCAGAUCACAGAUGAGUGAAGCUCAACAUCACUCAGAUCUGAGGAUUGUGUUGAUGGGGUAUAGAGGAGCUGGUAAGAGUUCAUCAGGAAACACCAUCCUGGGCAGAGAGGAGUUUGACUUGAAGACAUCUGCUCAGUGUGUGAGGAGACAUGGAGAAGUAGCAGACAGACACAUCACUGUCAUUGAAGCUCCAGGAUGGUGGAUAAAUUACACUGUAGAGAAGAGUCCUGAGAUACUGAAACAGGAGAUUUUGCUCAGUGUGUCUCUGUGUCCUCCAGGACCUCACGCUGUACUACUGAUCAUACGUGUGGACUAUAGAUUUAAAGAUAAUGAGAUAAAAUCAGUGCAGGAUCAUCUGGAUCUUCUCAGUGAGAGAGUCUGGAGUCACACUAUAGUUCUGUUCACUCAUGGAGACUCUCUGUUAGACACAUCUAUAGAGCAGCACAUUGAGAGUGAAGGACAGGAUCUCCAGCGGCUGCUGGACAAAUGUGGGAACAGGUAUCAUGUUCUCAACAAUCUCAACAGGAGUGACGACACUCAGAUCAAGGAGCUGCUGGAGAAGAUUGAGGAGACAGUGGCACAAAACAACGGCCGCCAUUUUGAAAUAGACAGAAAGAUUUUACAGGAGAUGAAAGAGAGAAGAAGAGCAGAGGAAGAGAGAGCAGAAAAACAAAUGAAGAGGAUGAAGAAACAGAGAGAAAACAUCAGAUCACAGAUGAGUGACGCUCAACAUCACUCAGAUCUGAGGAUUGUGUUGAUGGGGUAUAGAGGAGCUGGUAAGAGUUCAUCAGGAAACACCAUCCUGGGCAGAGAGGAGUUUGACUUGAAGAGAUCUGCUCAGUGUGUGAGGAGACAUGGAGAAGUAGCAGACAGACACAUCACUGUCAUUGAAGCUCCAGGAUGGUGGAUAAAUUACACUGUAGAGAAGAGUCCUGAGAUACUGAAACAGGAGAUUUUGCUCAGUGUGUCUCUGUGUCCUCCAGGACCACACGCUGUAGUACUGAUCAUACGUGUGGACUAUAGAUUUAAAGAUAAUGAGAUAAAAUCAGUGCAGGAUCAUCUGGAUCUUCUCAGUGAGAGAGUCUGGAGUCACACUAUAGUUCUGUUCACUCAUGGAGACUCUCUGUUAGACACAUCUAUAGAGCAGCACAUUGAGAGUGAAGGACAGGAUCUCCAGCGGCUGCUGGACAAAUGUGGGAACAGGUAUCAUGUUCUCAACAAUCACAACAGGAGUGACGACACUCAGAUCAAGGAGCUGCUGGAGAAGAUUGAGGAGACAGUGGCACAAAACAACGGCCGCCAUUUUGAAAUAGACAGAAAGAUUUUACAGAAGAUGAAAGAGAGAAGAAGAGCAGAGGAAGAGAGAGCAGAAGAACGAAUGAAGAGGAUGAAGAAACAGAGACAAAACAUCAGAUCACAGAUGAGUGACGCUCAACAUCACUCAGAUCUGAGGAUUGUGUUGAUGGGGUAUAGAGGAGCUGGUAAGAGUUCAUCAGGAAACACCAUCCUGGGCAGAGAGGAGUUUGACUUGAAGAGAUCUGCUCAGUGUGUGAGGAGACAUGGAGAAGUAGCAGACAGACACAUCACUGUCAUUGAAGCUCCAGGAUGGAGGAAGAAUCACACUGUAGAGAUGAGUCCUGAGAUACUGAAACAGGAGAUUUUGCUCAGUGUGUCUCUGUGUCCUCCAGGACCUCACGCUGUACUACUGAUCAUACGUGUGGACUAUAGAUUUAAAGAUAAUGAGAUAAAAUCAGUGCAGGAUCAUCUGGAUCUUCUCAGUGAGAGAGUCUGGAGUCACACUAUAGUUCUGUUCACUCAUGGAGACUCUCUGUUAGACACAUCUAUAGAGCAGCACAUUGAGAGUGAAGGACAGGAUCUCCAGCGGCUGCUGGACAAAUGUGGGAACAGGUAUCAUGUUCUCAACAAUCACAACAGGAGUGACGACACUCAGAUCAAGGAGCUGCUGGAGAAGAUUGAGGAGACAGUGGCACAAAACAACGGCCGCCAUUUUGAAAUAGACAGAAAGAUUUUACAGGAGGUGAAAGAGAGAAGAAGAGCAGAGGAAGAGAGAGCAGAAGAACGAAUGAAGAGGAUGAAGAAACAGAGACAAAACAUCAGAUCACAGAUGAGUGACGCUCAACAUCUCUCAGAUCUGAGGAUUGUGUUGAUGGGGUAUAGAGGAGCUGGUAAGAGUUCAUCAGGAAACACCAUCCUGGGCAGAGAGGAGUUUGACUUGAAGAGAUCUGCUCAGUGUGUGAGGAGACAUGGAGAAGUAGCAGACAGACACAUCACUGUCAUUGAAGCUCCAGGAUGGUGGAUGGAUUACACUGUAGAGAAGAGUCCUGAGAUACUGAAACAGGAGAUUUUGCUCAGUGUGUCUCUGUGUCCUCCAGGACCACACGCUGUACUACUGAUCAUACCUGUGGUUGAUAGAUUCAAAAAAACACACAGAAAAUCAGUGCAGGAUCAUCUGGAUCUUCUCAGUAAGAGAGUCUGGAGUCACACUAUAGUUCUGUUCACUCAUGGAGACUCUCUGUUAGACACAUCUAUAGAGCAGCACAUUGAGAGUGAAGGACAGGAUCUCCAGCGGCUGCUGGACAAAUGUGGGAACAGGUAUCAUGUUCUCAACAAUCACAACAGGAGUGACGACACUCAGAUCAAUGAGCUGCUGGAGAAGAUUGAGGAGACAGUGGCACAAAACAACGGCUGCCAUUUUGAAAUAGACAGAAAGAUUUUACAGAAGACGAAAGAGAGAAGAAGAGCAGAGGAAGAGAGAGCAGAAGAACGAAUGAAGAGGAUGAAGAAACAGACAGAAAACAUCCGAUCACAGAUGAGUGACGCUCAACAUCUCUCAGAUCUGAGGAUUGUGUUGAUGGGGUAUAGAGGAGCUGGUAAGAGUUCAUCAGGAAACACCAUCCUGGGCAGAGAGGAGUUUGACUUGAAGAGAUCUGCUCAGUGUGUGAGGAGACAUGGAGAAGUAGCAGACAGACACAUCACUGUCAUUGAAGCUCCAGGAUGGUGGAUGGAUUACACUGUAGAGAAGAGUCCUGAGAUACUGAAACAGGAGAUUUUGCUCAGUGUGUCUCUGUGUCCUCCAGGACCACACGCUGUACUACUGAUCAUACGUGUGGUUGAUAGAUUCAAAAAAACACACAGAAAAUCAGUGCAGGAUCAUCUGGAUCUUCUCAGUGAGAGAGUCUGGAGUCACACUAUAGUUCUGUUCACUCAUGGAGACUCUCUGUUAGACACAUCUAUAGAGCAGCACAUUGAGAGUGAAGGACAGGAUCUCCAGCGGCUGCUGGACAAAUGUGGGAACAGGUAUCAUGUUCUCAACAAUCACAACAGGAGUGACGACACUCAGAUCAAGGAGCUGCUGGAGAAGAUUGACGAGACAGUGGCACAAAACAACGGCUGCCAUUUUGAAAUAGACAGAAAGAUUUUACAGAAGAUGGAUGGUAGAAAGAAGGCAGAAGAGCGACUGGAUAAAUGUAGAGAAGACAUCAGAUCACAGACCAUGAGUGGAGAUGAUGGAUCUGAUUCAUGGUCUCUGGGAAGUUCAGCUUACGGUUCAUUCAGAUCACGAUCAGGAGCAGAAACAGUUUUCAGUUCAUCACGUUCCAGAGAUUCAUCUCACACAAGUUAUGAAUCAGGAGCAAUAAAACGAUAUAACAGCAUGGAAAUACCUCCACCAGACAUGAGUGGAGAUGAGCGGUCGGACACACAGUCUGUGGGAAGUUCUGCUUACGGUUCAUUCAGAUCACAAUCAUCAGCAGACAGCGGUUCAGUUUUUAGUUCAUCACGCUCAAAAGUCUCAUCUCACAGCUCAGGAUUCGGGUCUUUACGGUCCAUCCCGGAGUCUGAGGAACAUUCAGGAACCAGACGAACACUUGCUUUACCCAAGAUCUCAACACUUUUCCCAAGAAGAGUAAAGAAGGAUGAUAAACAUGAAGAAGACACUGAGAAUUCUUAAUUUGAUAUAAUUCAAGUUAAGAGAAAUUGUGUCUUUAUAUGUUGACAUUUAUAGUUUUGACAAUAUUUAAUGAUAAAUAUGAAUAAAACUAAAAGGUAUAUGCGGUUGUUUUAACCUUGAGUGAUGAAGUUAACUGUAAUUCACAUUAGCAGAGCUGUAACAAAUAUAUUGAUAUGUAAUUAACAUUUGUUGAUUAUUUUGUCAUAGAUUUGUCAAUUAAACUUUCUGUAUAAUUCUGUAUUAAUCCCAGAUUUAUGUUCAUGUACACAGACACACAGAAGCUUUGCUGUCUACAGUUGGCAAAUGCAGCUCGCUUCUUUUGAAAGCUAAAGUGUUUUAGCUGCUAUUUCUGUAUUGUUUAUGAUUUGAAGCUUCUAAUGCAGCGUCCUAAACAUCAAAAUCCUCCUCAAGAGAUCAUAAGUGCAUACGUGACUCAACUAAUGCUUAUAUUAAUUUAAAAUAGUCUGAAUUUAUUGACUUCCUCCAAUAAAGCACAAAAUACA